AUUUCACAAUUAGAACGCUUGUGGCUUGUUGCCUAGCAACCUGUUCGCUUUAGCCAGGCAGUCAGUUGCAGGUGUGUAAGGAGAAGCGGUACGUAAUGGCGGACCGAGGACUGGAGAAAGCUGACAUAGGGGCACUGAGCCCUGAGCAAAAGGAAAAAUUGCGCCAGUUUAAGAUCAAGACCAAAAUAGCGAAUGAAAUGUAUCUGAGAGCUCAUCCAGAAGUAGAAAUGCUGCUGAGUGAUUUUCUGAGAGACGUGUUUGUUAAAAGACCUACAGAUAUCCGUGAAUUUGCUGCAGGUCACUUCAGUGAUCCAGACCUACCAAGGAAAAUUCAGCAGAAAGUGGAAGAGAAGGCUUCAGCAAACAUAUGAAGCAGUUUUAAACUCUAUAUGUUCCAUAAAACAAUGAGAAACAAUGCUUUUCUUGAGCUAUUUUCUAAUUGGCAUUUAUCAGGGGAGAAGACGCUGGCUCGUUUGUUAAAUGAGACUAUGGGGAUGUAAACACUAUGGAGAUGAAUGUCAACUCCACCGAAGUGAACAAAAUACCACAAUCAAGUGUUACUAUAGUCACAUCGACUGCACAGGAGAGGUCACAAAUUCUAAAAGCAUUUUUCUUCCUAUUAAAACAUUAUCCACUUUUUGUUCCACAAUUUUUGUACACAUAUUUGCCAAAUGCUAUCGUCUAUCAUACAGAAAGUUUCCAUUCCAUUUUUAAAUAUGAUCUUAAGAUGUACAUUUGUCUCAUAAAUGUUUAUGAGAAACAUUACCUACUGGAUUCAUAACAUCCUACAUGGUAUCAGAAUCCACCCCAAAAUUAAUAAAAUUCCAGCAAGUGAUAUUUUAAGCUACAUAAAAACAGUUUUUUUCCUGUCACAUUUUUCCAGUCACGAGUGCAGCUAUUUUUUUCUACAAAAUACAGGUUUCAAAAGUAUUAUUAAUAUGUUAUGAUGUCAAACUUGGAGAAAACAACAGCACAGAUUCUCUUUUUUCUAAAGUAUGUGGACUGAUUACUUAACAUGGCUCAAAUGUCUCUGAGGAAUCAGGCACAUUUCACAAAACCUAUCAUUCUGAAAGACACCAUAUGUAACGUUCACUCAUCUCUCUGUAUAACACAAUUUUGUAAAGAUCACAUGUAAAUAAAUGAAAUAUAGAACAA